CGGAGGGGGCCCCCCGGGACCGGCCCGGCCCGGCCCGGCCUCCCGCGCCGCCGGGGAGCCGGGCAGCGAGCGGCGGCUUGACGGGCGGAAGGGGGGAGGGACGUCUUCCUCACCUCCGCCUCCUCUCCGCGCCUCACAGGUUUACAUGUGAUACCCACAAAAAUGAGGCUGAGAACGCGGAAAGCGUCUCAGCAAUCAAAUCAAAACCACACGCAGCGUGCGUUGAGGGUAAAGAGAAAAUACUCAGAGGUGGAGGAGAGCUUACCUGUUGGUGGAGGAAAGCCUCAGAAAAAUGAAACUGGUUUAUUGUCUUCAAUAAAAAAGUUCAUUAAGGGCAGUACCCCAAAGGAUGAAAGAGAACAUCCUGCAAAAAAAAGUAGAAUUGAGCAUGAUAUAGAUGACAGCUUGAUUACAUCCACUCCUCGAACAGGAGAGAAGCCUAAUAAACCCCUCUCCCGGGUUAGGCGGAAAAGCCAAGUGAACGGAGAAGCCGGAAAUUAUGAAAUGACAAACCAGCAUGUUAGACAAAAUGGGAAAUUGGAGGAUAAUCCCACCACUGGCAGCCCCCCACGGACUACAUUACUGGGGACCAUAUUUUCUCCAGUCUUCAAUUUUUUCUCACCAGCAAAUAAAAAUGGGACGGUUGGCUCGGACUCUCCAGGGCAAGCGGUUGAAGCGGAAGAAAUCGUGAAGCAGUUCGAUAUGGAACAGGUGGAUGAGAUAAUCACCAGCACCGCAGCCUCUGCCAAUGGUGCUUCCUACACCAGUCAGGCCGUGCAAGUCAGAUCGAUCAACAAUGGCUUGGAAGAAGUAGAGGAAGUGGCUGAUCGUGACCUGCCUCCUCUCACUGCACCAGUGUCUCCGGACAGCGGUUACUCAUCGGCUCAUGCAGAAGCCACCUAUGAAGAAGACUGGGAAGUCUUUGAUCCGUACUACUUCAUCAAACACGUUCCACCACUAACAGAAGAACAACUUAAUCGGAAGCCUGCUCUUCCACUGAAAACAAGAAGCACACCAGAAUUCUCAUUAGUUCUAGACCUGGAUGAAACACUAGUCCACUGUAGUCUAAAUGAGUUGGAAGAUGCUGCACUCACAUUUCCAGUCCUUUUCCAAGAUGUUAUUUACCAGGUUUAUGUGCGAUUAAGACCAUUCUUCAGAGAAUUCUUGGAACGUAUGUCCCAAAUCUACGAGAUCAUUCUUUUUACUGCUUCCAAGAAAGUGUAUGCAGACAAGUUGCUGAACAUUCUAGACCCCAAAAAGCAGCUCGUCAGGCAUCGACUUUUCCGUGAGCAUUGUGUUUGUGUACAAGGAAACUACAUAAAGGAUUUAAAUAUCCUCGGUAGAGAUCUCUCAAAAACAAUAAUUAUUGACAAUUCACCACAAGCCUUUGCCUAUCAGCUUUCAAAUGGGAUCCCUAUAGAGAGCUGGUUCAUGGAUAAAAAUGACAAUGAACUCCUAAAAUUGAUUCCUUUUCUGGAGAAACUUGUAGAGCUGAAUGAAGAUGUUCGACCACACAUCAGAGAUAGAUUUCGCUUGCACGACUUACUACCCCCUGAUUAAACACCAAGCCUUUGUCAGACACUUAAAAGGGGAAGAAAAAGCAGGACCCCUUUUUCUUUUUGGACUAAAACAAAAACAUUGCCAUUACUGUUGAAAUUUUUGCAUUUUUGUACCCUGUCUCGCUUUUCUUAUCUCUGACGCCCAAAAACAACCAAGGGUUACAGAAGAACUUUAUAUAUCGCCAAAUGGAAUACUCCUAGUACAAUACCGUAAGUAGGGCUAGAGCAGAAGCGUCUUUAGAACUAGUGCAACUCCAGUCAUUUUUUUUACGUACAGGACAUCUGCCGUUUGUAAAGAAUUCUGUUUCUGCCACCAGCAGUUUGACCUAUAAAAACACAGGAUUUUAUGAAAUAACAGAGAUUGAAAAUGGACUCGUAUUUUCUCUCUGUUUGGUGCUCUCUAAGUGGGUUUGUAGCCACUUCGUGUUACUUUUCAGAAUCUCAUUUCAACAGGAAUGGCCAGUAAAUUUUUUUUUUAAUUAUUUUCCUGUUAAGGUUUAUAACCUUUUUACAUUUUUGACCUGUAUUAGAUUCUAGACUUUCAUUAUGCAUUCCUUUAGUUGAAGCAGCUUCAUAGUUUUCUGGAAAUAGCCAAGUUUUAUUAGUUUUUUUAUUAUAUUAUUGAAUGGCCAUUUCCUGCUUUGUCUCCCUGCAUACUGUAUAUUUGUUUAAAAAUAUUACCUAGUUUUAUUCCAUGUAAGUUUCAUUUAGAAAUCUGCGUUUAUAUAUAUAAAUAUAUUUUUUGUUCUGUAAUAUUCUACUGUAGUGGAAAUCUUUUCAAAAAAAUCAAGAGACUGGCUAGCUAAGAAGAAAUAUAAGAAUUACUAAUAUUCAGAAUAUUUAAACCAUUGUGAUGGCAUGUACUCUGGACAGACGAUCUCUCGCGGUGGCACACACGGCCCAAGACAAGGAUUAACACCUCGGCGUCUGCUGCGCAUCCAAGUCUUGGCGCAACGUGGCUCGGUUGAGGCCGCCUUCAGAGCUCUUCGGGAACGGAGCGUCGCGGGGAGCAGCGGAGCGCUUGCGGCCGCCUCGCGUGCGCCGGCCCCUCUGCUGUGCUGCUCCUCGCGGUCUGCGGCCAUGCGCUGCCGCAGCAGCUAUGCACACUCCGUCGCCGCCCGUGCAGCCGAGACGCUAGCACAGUGGUUUCCUAUGCUAUAUGGAAAUGGUUUUCAAGCCUGGGUCCGAAUGCAGCUUGGACAAGAAGAGGCCGAUAUUUUUUUAAUGGAGUGUAAUCUUUUUAGGAGGCUUUUUAUGGAAGGGGGAAAUUUGUAAAAGUUAGCAAGCUUUGCCUCGACGCUGCAUUAACGGGCCACAAGGCUCGGGCUGUUUUUGUGUAAAGGAUGUUGCAGAAUGGCACUUUUUCUAAAGAGAAGUUUGAUAUUUUGUAUGCUUGUUAAAGAAAGUACAGUAUUGGAAAUUAAAGGUGGACAACUGAUAAUUGAAAAGUAUGUCAAUUAAUUUUUUAUGUAUAUUACCUGUUUACUUGUACAAAUUUAUUGUACAAAUUACACGCAGCUUCAUUUUCAAAUGAGUCCUUAAAAUAAGGAAAAUCUUUUUAGGAAAGCAUUUAAUUUUUGUAUUUUUUGAUUUUCAAAGGCAUGAGUUAUGUCAAUUUUUCCAAUGUAUUAAUGAAGAUUUUAACUUUUCAUCAGGUUGAGUGUUUUCUUACUAUAUUAUCUGUUGUAUAUGUAGCACACUGUGUCAUUGAACUGUUAGGAAAAGUUAGCAUGUAGAGCAGGCCUGCUUUGUGGAAAAUCAUCACUCAUUGAAAACAAAAUUAGGGUCGAUUUUCUGCAAAACAAAAACCAACCAACCAUGAAGAGCAUUUGUUAUCCAGAAUGCUGACUUCUUUGUAUUUAAAGAAAGGUAUUUUGCUUGCAGGAAAAUGCUACAGAUUCGUUUGAAAGAGAAUCUUUGAAAUGUAUUUAUCUUUAGGGCAUCUGGACAUCUUUAUGCUAUUUGUCUUAACGUCUUUAUUGAAAUAAAAUGUACAUAAUAUUUAUAUAUAUAUAUAUAUAUACACGCAUAUAUAUAUAUAAAUGUAACUGUGUGUGCGCCUGCGCAGCCGUGAUCCUUGUAACCACUCCCUUCCUGUUUUGCUAAUAAUAGGUAUAUAGAAACAUUUGAUUUUUGAACCGUUUUGAAAUUCUCCUCGUAAACCUUCGCAGAAGGAGCUGCAUUGGGGGCAAUAAGGACGUCUUCUUGACUAGCGUUGGAAUGCCUGUUUCCUUCCAAAGGUAACAGAUACAUCUCACAAUAGUCAAGUAUCUCUCCUUACUGCUCCUGGUGAGGAUUUGCAGCUCUCGUUUUCAGUGGUCUCCAGAUGGAGAUAGCCUGUGCUCACUAGUUUUGAGCAAGCUGGAGUAGGAUAGCCAAUACAAAAGACUGUUUAGCUCUGCCUUCCACUCCGAAAUACCAGCUAGAAGUUGGAAGAGAGCGGCACAUAACAAGGGCCGAGGGAGCCACCCUUUUGAGAAGCAAGAGAGACUCACCUCAGUGAAAAGUGGCUGCAGAGAGAGAAAGGAAGUGUGCGUGAUUCUACAUUUCUGUGAUAGUUUGCUAUGCUGUAUUAAGAGAUUAUUUUCUGCAGUUCACAAAUAAAUAUAUUGAAUAUAGACCCUACCCUAAACAAAAUAAUGGAUGGACAUUUCUCUGUGACUUGAAGGAAAACUGCAGCAUCCUUUUUAAAGCAGCUUUUUAAAGCAUUUGUGCAUUUUCAUUAAAAACGCUUACAAAACCAGAUGCUUUUAGUUAAGCUGACACAUUGCAUAUACAAACCUACCUGUUCCGUGAUUCCUAAUCACUGAAGAGAGAGAUGAAAAGCAAGAAUGUGAGCUUUUACAAUGUGGAUUAUUAGAAAUGUAGGAGAACUAACAGUCCGAUAUUGGACAAACUGAAUCAACCAUUGCAGGCUGCUCUGUAAAUACAUAUUAAAGUAUCAUUUUGUAA